AUGGCUGCCGAAAACCCUAAUCCUAAAAUCUCCCUUUACUAUCAAACGCGCGCGGCGCACCACGGCGUAGUGACGAGUGAUUGGCUGGCCCAGGCGCAGGCUGCCGCCGGCGGACGCUCAGACGACGUAGUUUCGGAGAAUUAUUUAUCUAGUGGUGAGGAGGAUGGUAAGGGGUUUAGUGUGGUUGAUGAGUUUAAUAACUGGCGGAAACAGCCUGAAUUGGCGGAGGCGGUGGCUGCGAUUAGGGCUUUGGCUUCAGUUAUUCGAUCGAGUCAAGCUACGACGAUGAUGGAGCUCGAAAUUGAGCUUAAAAAAGCAGUUGAUUCACUGAAAUCAUGGGACACAACCUCUAUAUCUUUAACAGCUGGUUGUGAUCUGUUCAUCCGCUACGUGACAAGAACUUCUGCUCUGGAAUAUGAAGAUUUUGAUUCAGCAAAAUCUCGGCUUAUUGAACGUGCUGAAAAGUUUGGUGAGAUAUCAUAUAAGGCUCGGAGAAUAAUUGCGAUGCUUGGUCAAGAUUUUAUUUUGGAUGGCUGUACAAUUUUGGUGCAUGGCUUCUCACGAGUUGUGCUGGAGGUUUUAAGAACUGCAGCUCAGAAUAAAAAACAAUUUCGGGUUUUCUGCACAGAGGGCAGGCCCGACAGAACAGGACUAAGGUUGUCCAAUGAGCUCGCUAAGCUUGAUGUUCCUGUUAAGCUGUUGAUAGACUCGGCCGUGGCAUAUAGCAUGGAUGAAGUGGACAUGGUGUUUGUUGGAGCAGAUGGAGUGGUUGAAAGUGGAGGUAUCAUUAAUAUGAUGGGUACCUACCAAAUUGCACUGGUUGCCAAUAGCAUGAAUAAACCAGUUUAUGUUGCUGCUGAGAGUUACAAGUUUGCUCGUCUCUAUCCAUUGGAUCAAAAGGACAUGGAGCCGGCCUUGCGGCCUAUUGAUUUCGGUGUACCGAUUCCGUCCAAGGUUGAGGUUGAAACAUCUGCACGCGAUUAUACACCACCACAGUAUCUUACAUUACUCUUCACAGAUUUAGGUGUUCUAACGCCAUCUGUGGUAAGCGACGAGCUCAUCCAACUAUACCUAUAACAAGCACUACAUCAAAUUGCUGAAACACAUUAUGAUGCCUCCAUGUUACAAUACAAUUAACUAAUUAGGCACUAUUUGCAUUACAUUCAUACUGUAUAUCAUGUGGUUGCUCUGUACAAUAAAGGUUCCCUUUUAGCACAUUAUACAAUAUCUUUGAAGGAUAAAGCUACUCUUGGUUGUUCUCCAUAUAUCUCUAGCAUGUGUGUUUAUUGUGGACAACAUCUAUGAUACAGAAAGUUGGUGGUUGUUUUAUUGUUUGGAUCAAGGGCUA